AGGGUCCCUGGGGGCGGGUGGCCACGCGGGGCGGGGCUGGGCCGUAGGGCGAGGGUUAACCCGCCCCUCCCCCGUCCACCUGCUGUCCCCUUCCCCCGCGUGCCCUGGUCUGACCCUCGUCCCCUCCUUUCCCCGCCCCUCCCCCUCGGUGGCAGUGGCGGCGGCUGCUGUUGUCACCCACCGGGCCGCCUGUCCCGCUUGCCCUCACCGCCGCGGGGCUGGCUAGGCUAGCCGGGCCGGGGACAGGCGGCCACCUCCUCAUCGCCGCCGCCGCCACCACCGCCGCCAUGCUGGCCGCUCGCCCACCGCACUGGGGUCCCCAUCGCGCUCCAGCCCCCCGUGGGCCCAGCGCCAGCCCUGACCCGGGUCUCAGCGGCGGUGGCAGCCGAGGUGCAGGAUGCGAGAAGGCGCCCCCCGGCCGGGCUCCCGCUCCAGGCCUCACACCCCUGCGGCCCUCUGAGCCCACCAUGGCCGUCCCACCAGGCCAUGGUCCUUUCUCUGGCUUUCCGGGGCCCCAGGAACACACACAGGUACUGCCUGAUGUGCGGCUCCUGCCCCGGAGACUGCCCCUGGCCUUCCGGGAUGCGGCCUCAGCCCCGCUGCGCAAGCUCUCAGUGGACCUCAUCAAGACCUACAAGCACAUCAAUGAGGUAUACUAUGCGAAGAAGAAGCGGCGGGCCCAACAGGCGCCACCCCAGGACUCGAGCACCAAAAAGGAGAAGAAGGUCCUGAACCACGGUUAUGACGACGACAACCACGACUACAUUGUGCGCAGUGGCGAGCGCUGGCUAGAGCGCUAUGAGAUUGACUCUCUUAUUGGCAAAGGCUCCUUUGGCCAGGUGGUGAAAGCCUAUGAUCACCAGACUCAGGAGCUGGUGGCCAUCAAGAUCAUCAAGAACAAAAAGGCCUUCCUGAACCAGGCACAGAUUGAGCUACGGCUGUUGGAGCUGAUGAACCAGCAUGAUACAGAGAUGAAGUACUACAUAGUUCACCUUAAGCGGCACUUCAUGUUCCGGAAUCACCUGUGCCUGGUGUUUGAGCUGCUGUCCUACAACCUGUAUGACCUCCUCCGCAACACACACUUUCGAGGUGUCUCACUGAACCUGACGAGGAAGCUGGCACAGCAGCUCUGCACAGCUCUGCUCUUUCUGGCCACCCCCGAGCUCAGCAUCAUCCACUGCGACCUCAAGCCUGAGAACAUCCUGCUCUGCAACCCCAAGCGCAGUGCCAUCAAGAUCGUAGACUUCGGCAGCUCCUGCCAGCUUGGCCAGCGGAUCUACCAGUAUAUCCAGAGCCGCUUCUACCGCUCACCCGAGGUGCUCCUGGGUACACCCUAUGACCUGGCCAUCGACAUGUGGUCCCUGGGCUGCAUCCUCGUGGAGAUGCACACCGGAGAGCCCCUCUUCAGUGGCUCUAAUGAGGUGGACCAGAUGAGCCGUAUUGUGGAGGUGCUGGGCAUCCCUCCCGCACCCAUGCUGGAACAGGCGCCCAAGGCUCGCAAGUACUUUGAGCGGCUGCCUGGGGGUGGCUGGACCCUACGAAGGACAAAGGAACUCAGGAAGGAUUACCAGGGCCCUGGGACACGGCGGCUGCAGGAGGUGCUGGGCGUGCAGACGGGCGGGCCCGGGGGCCGGCGGGCGGGGGAGCCGGGCCACAGCCCCGCCGACUACCUCCGCUUCCAGGACCUGGUGCUGCGCAUGCUGGAAUAUGAGCCCGCCGCCCGCAUCAGCCCUCUGGGCGCUCUGCAGCAUGGCUUCUUCCGCCGCACGGCCGACGAGGCCACCAACACGGGCCCGGCAGGCAGCAGUGCCUCCACCUCGCCGGCGCCCCUUGACACCUGCCCCUCCUCUAGCACCGCCAGCUCCAUCUCCAGCUCUGGAGGUUCCAGUGGCUCCUCCAACGACAACAGGGCCUACCGAUACAGCAACCGAUAUUGUGGGGGCCCAGGGCCCCCCAUCACUGACUGUGAGAUGAACAGCCCCCAGGUCCUACCCUCCCAGCCUCUGCGCCCCUGGGCAGGGGGUGAUGUGCCCCACAAGACACAUCAAGCCCCUACCUCUGCCUCAACAUUGCCGGGGACUGGGGCUCAGUUACCCCCACUGCCCCGUUGCCUUGGACGACCCCCAUCACCAACAUCACCACCACCCCCAGAGUUGAUGGAUGUGAGCCUGGUGGGCAGCCCUCCAGACUGCUCUCCACCUCCUCCAGCACCUGCCCCCCAGCACCCGGCUGCCUCAGCCCUCCGGACUCGGAUGACAGGAGGUCGACCACCUCUCCCACCCCCUGACGACCCUGCCACUCUGGGGCCUCGCCUGGGUCUCCAUGGUGUACCCCAGAGCACAGCAGCCAGCUCAUGACCCUGCCCCCUCCCUGGGGCCCCUCCUGAAGCCAUACCCCCCCAUCUGGGGGCCCUGGGCUCCCAUCCUCAUCUCUCCCCUUGACUGGACUUGCUGCUACCCAGCUGGGGUGGGUGAGGCCUGCACUGACUGGGGCCCAGGGCAGGGGGUCAAGGGAGAGGAGUUUGGCCGUACCCUCCCCACUAAGACUGGACCCUUGGCCCCUCUCUCCCCCCUCCCCCCUUGUUUUCUAUUUAUUGUACCAAAGACAGUGGUGGUCCGGUAGAGGGGAGAUUCCCCCUUACCCAGGGCCCUAGGAGGGGGUGGGGGCAGGUAGGGGGAGAUGGCCUUGCUCCUCCUCGCUGUACCCCCAAGUAAAAAGCUUUCUCACA